AAUUUUAAAAAAAGGCACGUAACGAUGUAAUUUAAUUAUUAUGAUAUCGCUUUUGUGAAAUAUAGUUAAAAGCAAAAACUUACGUUUAACUUUUGCUGAGUGGCGUGAGAGCCAUAGGAUGCUCACCUCUGUUUUAGAACAUUCACAAAGGCCGCGGAGGACAACAAAGGACAUUCGUUAAAUCGUUGACGCGGUAACCAUGGUGAUCUGCAUCAAAAUAAUGUUCCCCCUUUUCCCUCUUUAUCUUAACAUUUUUGGUUUUAUUUACUAGAGAGCGGUGGGUUAACUCCUGUCACGUGACAGUACUUCCGUUUUCGUUACAUUCUGUUUUUGACUCGGGAGAGGAACAAAAAAGUGUUUUUCUCUGUCUUCACGGAGAUUUUGAUAUUCACAGAUGACAUUGGCAUGAAACAACUUUUGUACAUUGGAGAUAUCUGGAAUAUUUAUCAGUUUUUUAAAGACUAGAGGAAAAUAUUAUAGAGAACAGAUAUAAUAACCCAACUGCUAUAAAUCCAGGAUUGAAUUACUGUGAAAUAUUUGCCCUGAGCAACAUUUCUCCAUCUCCUUACCUGUUGCUUUUGCAUUCUAAUUAAACUUGAAUAUAUUUCUAAAGGGGUUUGCAGCAUCUUUAGAUAUUGAUAAAGAUCACAGUUGAUUACAGUAGAAAUAUUUCUAAGGAAAAGGAAAAGGAAAUUAUAUUCUGUGUUGAGAGAAGAAAGACAAGGGAAAAGUUUAAUGGUUGGAUCCAUUUGUAUUCCUUAGAGAAAUGUCAAAAGAUUUAGGAGAAUCACAACAUGGUUGUGAAAUCUGUGGUAAAUCCUUCCCCACAGGUAAUGAUUUGGUUAAGCACAUUUGUUUUCAUACAGGUGAGAAGCCAUUUCACUGUGAUACCUGUGGUAAAUCCUUCUCUCAAAACGGUAGCUUGAGUAAACACAGGCGUAUUCACACAGGAGAGAAACCAUUUCACUGUGAUGUCUGUGGUAAAUCUUUCACGUUAAACAGUACCUUAUUUGUGCAUAAAAAUAUUCAUUCUGCGGAAAAACCGUAUAAUUGUGAUGUCUGUGGUAAAUCAUUCUCUGCAAGUAGCACCUUAAUUAAACAUAUACGUAUCCACACAGGAGAGAAACCAUAUGAAUGUGAUAUCUGCGGACAGGCAUUCACUGAGGAUGGUCAAUUAAAAAGUCACAGGCGUAUUCACACAGGUGAGAGACCUUAUCAGUGUGAUAUCUGUGGUGAAUCAUUCUCUGUAAGUAGCACCUUAACUAAACAUAUACGUAUCCACACAGGAGAGAAACCAUAUGAAUGUAAUAUCUGCGGAAAGGCAUUCACUGAGGAUGGUCAGUUAAAAAGGCACAGGCGUAUUCACACAGGAGAGAGGCCAUAUCAGUGUGAUAUCUGUAGUAAAACGUUCCCUGGAAUUACUGACUUGAAUACACACAAACGUAUUCAUACAAGGGAGAGACCAUAUCAGUGUGAUAUCUGUGGUAAAUCUUUCACUUUAAACAGUACCUUGUUUAUGCAUAAAAAUAUUCAUUCUGCAGGAAAACCAUAUAAUUGUGAUGUCUGUGGUAAAUCAUUCUCUGCAAGUAGUACCUUAACUAAACAUAUACGUAUCCACACAGGAGAGAAACCAUGUGAAUGUAAUAUCUGCGGAAAGGCAUUCACUGAGGAUGGUCAAUUAAGAAGACACAGGCGUAUUCACACAGGUGAGAGACCAUAUCAGUGUGAUAUCUGUAGUAAAUCAUUCGCUGGAAUUACUGACUUGAAUACACACAAACGUAUUCAUACAGGUGAGAGACCAUAUCAGUGUGAUAUCUGUAGCAAAUCAUUCUCUGCCAACUCUAGCUUCAUUCGACACAAACGUGUUCAUACAGGUGAGAAGCCACAUCGCUGUGAUAUCUGUGGCAAAGCAUUCUCUCAAAACAGUGAUUUAACUAAACACAAAGGUAUUCACACAGUGUGAUAAAUCUGUGGUAAAUCAUUCUCUGGAAUUACUGACUUGACUACAGACAAACGUUUUCAUACAGGUGAGGAGCCAUUUCACUGUGAUACCUGUGGUAAAUCCUUCUCUGACAACCCCGAACUUAACACGACACCAACGUAUUCAUUCAGGGGAGAGACUAUAUCACUGUAGUAUCUGGGGUUAAACAUUCUCUCGGAGAAGUAACUUAACUACACAUGCAUCUGUCCAUGUAAAAGUGUGAUUGCAUCAUUGUCAGACAUCGUUAAAACACCCAACAACAAUUAAUAUUUGCCAACCUGGUGACCUCUUCUGCAGGCAAUGUUGUAGUUGUAAGAGAUGAAGAUGAAUCUAAUCCCACUACUUGCCAGCAAAGCAAGGCCCAACUCUGCCAGACAUGAAUGUUGGUCAAGUGUGGCCGGGAACCAAACCUAAAGAGAUGCUCCCCUGUGGCUCUCAAAGCCUCAACACAAACAACAACAACAAUAAGAACAACAGAAUCAACAAAACUAAUGCAGCUUCACUGCAACCAACAACAGCUGACUUGGCAGACACCCAUAAAAUUAUUAACCAUCUUACAAACAAUAACUCUGAGCACCUUUUCAAACUCCACCUGUCUAACACCCGUGGACAUGUUUGCAAAGUCAGAAAACAGC